AUGUUCAAAAGAGUGAAACCCGCGGAGAAACAGCCGCCGCCACCACCACCGCCUCUCCCCUCAUGGGCCCAACCCUUACUCAACGACUCGGACUCAAACGUUAACAAACUAGUUUUCUUCCCCGGCUCUGCCGAAUUCACCGACAGCGAAAACACCUUCUUCACCGCCCAGGCCGUCGAGGUCCAGUCCGCCGCCGUCGCCCGUCCUUCGUCCACCGCCGAGGUAGCCGCCGUCAUCAAAGCUGUCCGCCGGCACCUCCCGGACUCGGUGCCCAUCGCCGUCCGCGGCGCCGGCCACGCCACCUUCCCCGGCGCCGCCAAGGCCAAGGCUGGCGUGACCAUCGACAUGCGUGGUCUGCGGGGCAUUGAUAUCCUCCAUGGUGGUGAAAGGGUCAGGAUUGCUACUGGGCAUACGUGGGAUGAUGUUUACGCCGCGCUUGAGGCGCAUACUCCACCGCUUGCGGUGACGGGUGGAAGGGCUGGGCGGGUCGGGGUGGUGGGGUUCUUGCUUGGGGCCGGGUUGUCGUACCUUUCGACCAAGUACGGGUUUGGAGCGGAUAUGGUGCUGGCGUGGGAGGUGGUUUUGGCGUCUGGGGAGGUUGUGUGGGCGAGGCGGGAUGAUUCGGAGACGGCUGACUUGUGGGAUGCGCUCCGCGGCGGUUCGACUAACUUUGGGGUUGUCACGGCGGUCGAAAUGGCUUGUUUCCCGCACCCGGAGCACUUCCGCUGUGCGAGUAUCCUUUAUCUCUCGCCUGGCAGACAAGCGACUCUGCAGGGAUUGGUUGACUAUGGAUUGAGAGCCCCUGCUGAGGGUGAACCUGUCACCCACGCGAUCUGGACCAUGACUCACCUGGCCGGGGUUCCCGUUAAGUUGAUCAACAUACUGGUGUCGACCACAGCCGAGAAAGGGGUUGGCGGUUUACAGGGUUUGGUCAAUGCUCGCGCCCGCAUCCCGCUGACGGGGAGUCUGAAGGAGAAGACGCAGGGCCAGUUUGCCAAGGAGAUGGGCGACAUGUCGCCGCAGGACGGUGUGAGCAGGGCCAUCCACAAGUCCAUCACGUUUAAGCUCAACGGCGAGUUUCUCAACACGGUUGUGGACAUGUGGUACAAGAACGUUGAGACGCUCCGCCACAUAUCCGGAAUCAUGUACACGAUCGUGUUGUAUGCCCUUCCCGUCGGCAUGCUCGAGACGUCGCGCGAUACCACGGCCGCCUCCUCAAGCUCAAAGCCAGUCUUUAACGCUCAAGGUCUCCGUCCGGAGGAUGGUCCAUUGGCUAUCCUGGAGAUCUGCCUCUCAUGGCGCGAGGCCGCAGACGAUGCCUUCGUGGUGAAGACGGGGACACAGUUUUUGGGAGAUGUCGCCCAAGCCGCAACUGACAGGGGGCUUGGACACCCCUACAUAUUCCCCAACUAUGCGUGGCCCGACGAGCACGUAAUGCAGUCGUAUGGGCUUGAGAGGCUGGCAGUUCUCAAGAAGGUGGCCUCAAAGUGGGAUCCGGACGGAUUCUUUCAGAACCGGGUUGUUGGGGGCUUCAAGAUCAGCAAGUGA